AGCCCUGCCGCCCAAAACGCGCUAGACAACGUGGGAUGCAUGGCUGCGGCUGUCUAGGUACUCACGAGCAAACACUCUCUUGUCAUCUUGUCUUGUUCCCGCCAUUGAAGCUUUCCAAAGCUUCUCUCUUCUAUGACAGCGGUUCAGAGACCUAACAUGUGACAUCGCCAUGUUAAUCCAACCACUCGCCCGCGCCGCCAGUCGGCCGGGUCUUCGACCGUCCAGUUUGCGCCCGCAUCCUCUACACCACGGCAUUCGCGUAUUCACCUGCUCUCCGCUGCACAGGAAAGAUGCGCAUGGCCAGCGGCCAAAGCCCGGCUCUAAGCCUGCAAUCGAAGCGACCAAGCCUGCCGCCGACCCCGCCGCUACCAAAGUCGCAAAGUCGGAUCCAUUGCUGCAAGAACAAGUCCUGACCAACAAGGAACAGCGCAAGGCUGACUGGGCCAUAAUGAAAGAGAUGUCGGCAUACUUGUGGCCCAAGGACAACAUGGGCACGCGCUUCAGGGUCGGCAUCAGUCUGGGCUUGCUGGUAGGCGCAAAGCUGCUGAACGUCCAAGUCCCCUUCUACUUCAAGAGCAUUGUAGACGCCAUGAACAUAGACUUUGCGGCUGUUGGCGGCACAGCGACCACAGUGGCAGGCUCUAUGAUCAUCGCAUACGGAAUGACUCGUAUUGGCGCCACUGUCUCCCAAGAACUCCGCAAUGCCGUCUUUGCCAGUGUCGCCCAGAAGGCUAUUCGUAAAGUCGCUUGCAGUGUCUAUGAUCAUCUGCUAAGGCUGGACCUGAGUUUCCAUCUAUCGAGGCAAACAGGAGGACUGACACGCGCCAUUGAUCGCGGAACCAAGGGUAUCAGCUUCUUGUUGACUGCCAUGGUCUUCCACAUCUUCCCUACAGCAUUAGAGAUUUCGUUAGUUUGCGGUAUCCUGACAUACCAAUAUGGUUGGCAAUUCGCUCUCAUCACAGGCACAACCAUGACCGCCUACUCUGUCUUCACCAUCAUGACCACUUCAUGGCGGACCAAGUUCAGGAAGCAGGCCAACGCCGCAGACAACAAGGCUGCGACUGUUGCUGUCGACUCCAUGAUCAACUACGAGGCAGUGAAGUACUUCAACAACGAAAAGUACGAAGUCGGCCGCUACGACAAGGCUCUGAAAGACUACGAGAAGGCUUCCAUCAAGGUCGCCACCUCCCUCGCCUUCCUCAACUCGGGUCAAAACAUCAUCUUCUCCUCCGCUUUAACCGCCAUGAUGUACCUCGCCGCCAACGGCGUGGCCACCGGUCAACUGACCGUCGGCGACCUCGUCAUGGUGAACCAGCUCGUCUUCCAGCUCUCCGUCCCCCUCAACUUCCUCGGCUCCAUGUACCGCGAACUACGCCAAAGUCUCCUAGACAUGGAGACGUUGUUCAACCUCCAAAAGGUAAACGUAGCCGUCAAGGACAAGCCCGACGCCAAGCCCCUCGCCCUGAAGACCGGAGAAAUUAGAUUCGAAAACGUAUCCUUUGGCUACCGACCCGACCGCCCCAUCAUCAAGAACCUCAACCUCACCAUCCCUGCCGGCAAGAAAGUCGCCAUCGUCGGUCCUAGCGGCUGCGGAAAGUCUACCAUCCUGCGUCUUCUCUUCCGUUACUACGACGCACAAGAAGGCCGCAUUCUGAUUGAUGGCCAAGACAUUCGUGAUGUUACGCUAGAUAGCUUGAGGAGGGCUAUUGGUGUCGUACCGCAGGAUACCCCACUCUUCAACAACACUAUCCAGCACAACAUCCACUAUGGUAACCUAGAAGCGACACAAGAACAAGUCAUCGAAGCGGCAAAGAAAGCGCGUAUUGAUGAGAGUAUCAGCCGCUUCCCCGAUGGCUACGAGACCAUGGUUGGUGAGCGUGGAAUGAUGAUUUCAGGUGGUGAGAAGCAAAGAUUAGCCAUCGCGAGACUUGUUCUUAAGGACCCGCCGUUCUUGUUCUUCGAUGAAGCUACAUCCGCCCUAGACACGCACACCGAGCAAGCCCUCCUCUCACAUAUCAACUCGCUUGUCAAAGAGAAACGCCGCACGUCCGUCUUCGUCGCCCAUCGUCUGCGCACUAUUUACGACUCCGAUGUUAUUAUCGUGUUGCGCGAGGGCAAUGUAGCGGAGAGUGGAACGCAUCAGUAUCUUAUUGAUCGGGAUGGUUUGUACAGUGAGCUUUGGAGUGCGCAGGAGACUAUGUUUGUGGAGAAGGAGGAGGAGAGUGGUGAGAGUGGAGAGAAAGAUGGGGAGAAGAAGAAGUAGAUGAUGGUUGGGAUUUGACGUAAUGUAGGAUAGUGGAGUGUUUGUGGAUGACGGUUAUAAAUAUACGGUUUUCGUCGAGUCGCCAAGUGCGUUUAGGGUACUGCUUAUACAACGACUUGAAGGGUAUAUGGCGUCGAGAUGUAGCAGAGAAUAGACGGUAAGUUGAGCCGGAGUACCCCAUAGUACGCUAACGUUGCAG